AUGACAUGUUCAAACUGUGGUGGCUAUGGACACAGCAAAAGGAGUUGUCCCAAGAAACCAAGGCCUGCAGAUUCUACUCCUGCAAAUGUUUCAUAUAAAGAAAGAUAUGGAGGAAGAGGCAGAGGAAGAGGAACAGGAACAACUACUCCUAGAGCUUCAAUUUCAACUGCCCCUGUUGAUGCUGGCAAAGGAAGAGGAACUGGUAGAGGUAGGGGAAGUAAUACACCUUCAGCUUCAACUACUUCUGCCCCUGGAAUAGGAAGAGGUAAUGGAAGAGGAACUAGAAGUUCUGGGUUCGGGCUGUUUCAAUCAAGCAGUGGGUUCACAAGUUUUUCUUCUGGUGGAGGUAAACCAAGAGUGAUUUCUCAUGAUGGUGAAAAGAGGUCCUCGGCAGAUAUUCAUGAAUGUGCCUAUAAGCCAACAAGUGGAGUAAAAUGGAAUGGUAGACCAGCCAUUACUAGAAGACAACUUGAAAGAACUGCUGCAUCUCAUUCCAGAACUGCUACAUCCAUUCCAAUCUAA